AUGUUGGUGUUUGGUCUUAUUCUUACCGGUCUAAUCAUUGACUUGGGAGGUGUGCCUGGCCAAGAGAGACUAGGGUUCCGCUACUGGAAGGAUGGCGCCUUCAAUUGGCUCUACUUUGAUUCAAGCACUGGCCGCUUCAUAGCCUUCUGGAAAACCAUGGUCUCCACGGUCUACUCAUAUGGUGGUGUCCAAGGCAUCGCCAUGCUUGCAGGAGAAGUGGAAUAUCCUCGGAGAGCUAUUCACAGAGCUGCUAAGCGUGUGUUUCGCUCGUUGUUUCCUCAUGUACAUGUGCACAGUCUUUGUUUUGACUUUGGUUGUGUCGUCCAAAGACCCUAUCAUUGCGUCUCCCACAGGAAAUGCUGCCGGCUCGCCUUUUGUUGUUGCUAUGAGGAGGGCCGGAAUCAGAGUUUUACCUCAUAUCAUCAACGGUGUUGUUUUAACAUCUGCUUUGUCUGCAACAAAUUUGGGAGUUCUUCAAUCUUCCAGAGCCUUAUUUGCCUUGGCAAGCAUGGGACAAGCGCCAAAGUUCUUCUUGAAAACGAAUAA